CUUGACGUUAUGUAAUCCCGUUAUAUCAGGCCAUUAAGAUGCAUGUGCUGACUUAAUACCUAUUUCUAUCCCGACUUCCCCUACAAUAUGCACUGCAGCCUUGGCACGCUAAACUCGAAUUUCUUUUACCUCAAAGGACCUAGUAGCUGCAUAUACUUCAUCUUUACAUAUACCGUUUAAUGUACGGAUAUAAUUCGAGAUACUAGACCGCGCCUCUCGAGAUAAUUCAAAGCUCUAUACGAAAGCAUUGUCUCACACCAACGCGAGAGAAACCAACUUUCGUAUCCACAAAAUCUAACCUGAACAAUGGCCAACAUCUUCGAGCUCCCAGACGACCUCCUCGCCGCCCUCAUCGAGAGCUUCCCCUGCCGCGACGCCCAAAUCAGAGCUCUAGCAACGCUACUCUACCCCCGAGCCGCGCCAUGCCGCAACCUAAUCAUCCACGGCACAGAAGCAACAGGCAAGAGCGCCGUCACAGCGCGUCUGCUCGAAGCCUUAUCUUCGGCUUCUUCUUCUUCUUCCAGCGGAAACGACGCUCCUCCGCUGUUCAACCACGCCGUCGUGAAGUCCGUUGAAUGCGUCACGGCUCGGCAUCUAUACGAGCGAGCUGUCGCGCUGGUGGGCGAUGCUCUGCGAUGGGAGGGAAGGACGGCGACGACGACGAUUGGACGCUGCGAGACGGUUGCUGCGUUGACGGUCGAGCUUACCAAGAUGCUGAAGUACGACCAGCCCCAAGAGAGAGACUCGAGGUUCGUGCUGGUAUUCGAUGGUAUCGAUCGCCAGAGGGAGGCGCCGCCAACCCUGUUGCCCGCUCUAGCCAGGCUCUCCGAGAUCAUCCCCAACCUAACAACAAUAUUCAUCCUCACCGCCCCCUCCCCCUCCCUCCUCCGCGUCUCCUCCGUCCCGCAGCUGUACUUCCCCCCGUACACGAAAUCCGAAUACAUAACCAUCCUCUCGCGCCCACCGUACCUCCCCCCCCCGCUCCCGAACACCACACCCCAAGAAACAACCGACCUCUGGGCGCGCUUCGCAGCCGCCGUCCACGACGCGCUAGCCAAACCCGCGUCGCGCUCCCUCCCCGGCCUCGCGCGUUCCUGCGCCGCCCUAUGGCCUCGAUUCACCGCCCCAGUCGCCGCGGGCACCCACCGCGCUCGGGAAUUCACGAAGCUGCUCGUCGCCGCGCGAGCUUACUUCCAAGACGAAGCGGUCCUCGAGCCCGGCAUCACCCUUGCCAAAGGGCCUAUUUCUAUUUCCACCGCUACGAAGACCGGAGAGAAGGAAGCACGCAGCAGCAGCAAGGACCUAGCCGCGCUUCUUCCGCCCACAGCUCGCCUCCUUCUAAUCGCCGCCUACCUCGCCUCGCACAACGCGCCCCGCCACGACCAGACCAUCUUCAGCACCUGGCACUCUGGACGGCGGCGUCGGGGCGGGGGUGGUAUCGCGCACCACAUUACGAAGAAAGCCAAGCAUAGGAAGAUCGCGCGCAAGCUAUUAGGUCCCAGCGCCUUCGUGCUAGAGCGCAUGGUUGCUAUCUACGCUGCGACACGGCAGGAGUGGCUCAACGAUGAGAAUGAUGGACCAGAAAACCAGCCUACUGUUGACGGGGACGUCGGCAUGGCGAUUGCGACACUGGCUAGCUUGCGCCUGCUUAUUCGUGUCGGAGGAGCGGGCGGCGCGGGGGAUACGAUGGAUCGUGGUGGAAAGUGGAGAGUAGGUGUUGGGUGGGAAGUAGUACGAGGCGUUGGGCGGAGCAUGGGGGUUGAGGUUGAGGAAUGGCUUGUCGAGUAAAGAGGAACGAAGAACGAGAGAGAUAUAAUGCUUUAACAAGUUGGAAUACUACACACGUUAUGAUACCCUUUUGUUAUAUACAUCGUUGUAGUUCUUCCAAAACAAUAGUAAUUUUGAUCUAUAUGGCUGUGAUCUACCAAUCAUGAAUAUAAAAUGUCCUCGACA